AUGUGGUUGCUAGGUCAGUCACAAGGAGAGUUGAAACGUUGCAAUUUGUUAAGUCUUGCGGCUCAUAUAAGGCAAGAUCGCAAUACGGCUCAAAAUAACUAUGAAUUGUUCGUCAAGUUCUCAUUAGUCAAUGAGAUAAUAGAUAGUCGAGAAAUGGCAAAGGAGAAAGGCACGCUGGCUGAGAUUCGUGCGCGCAUGACACAGCACCCUAACAGCUGGGUGGAUGUAAUGAUGGUAUCGAUACUCCAAGACCCAGUGUUCUACGGUGUCCUUGCCUUCGGCGUCGUUAUAGUCUUGGUGAUCAUAGCACUAUUUGCUACCAAAAUUCUCCUUGACCAGAUCGCAGCCGAGGAAAAACAAAAGGAGGGACGUGUGAUCAAAAAGCAGCAGUAG